AUGACUUCUCAACACUUUCAUUGGGAGAACAAUCUCUAUGUCCUCACCACGACACGAAUUCUUGUUGUGUUUGGACUGGCAUACCUGAUCAAAAGCUCCUACAAGCUCUACCAGAGACUUGGGACAUUCAUUGGCAGUCUAGACGUUCUAGAAAGGAUGAUCGAAGCAGAGGAAGGGACCGUGGGCCUCGAGCUCAACCUCGAAGGUCUCUUCUCUCAAGACCUAGCCGAGUCUAGUCUAGAAGCCAUGACUAGCGUCGACGAGGUAGUCGAGGUCCACCUACCGCAGCCUAUAUACAGGCCUGACGUUCGCCGACCAGGGUCGCCCGGCCUACCUGAUGAGUAG